AAUCGAUAUUUUACGUAGAAAACUAUUUUUGUGUGAUAUUUUUACAAGAAAUUUAAAUUGUAAUAAAUUAAAGAACAUCUUCAUAAUUAAAGGCAUUAAGGGCAAAUUGUUUAAGCUAUUUUAAAAACAUAUUUUGGAACAUACAUCAUGUAUAACACACGAGUGCCCCAGUUGCGUAUGGGCCAGCAGGAUCUUAAGUGCAGACAGGGUUGCGGUUAUUACGGUAACUAUCAAUUUGAUGGUCUCUGCUCCAAAUGUUUUCGCGAACGCAAUGAACAACGAAAGAAAUUGGCUCAAGACACACCCAAACCUAGUGGAUCGGCAUCACCUAAACAACAUCAACAUGAUAAGACGUCGUCGAGUCACAAGAAACCGGUAACCACCGGCACUACAACGACCAGUGAAGGCAACACUUUGACCAAGAAGAAAUCUCUAGUGCCAGCGGUAUUCCAAAAGACUUUGCAAAAUCAAACAUUGAAAAAGCAGUCACGUCAACGACAAGAAGCCUCCUCUCACAACAAACACUAUAUUCCCGAUCCGACUGAAAGUCAAUUCAUUGUACAGCUGCGACAACUUCGCAUACCUGACGAUGGUAAACGUAAACUUAAAAUUGAAAUUCAACGUUUAGACAAUGGCAUACGUUCAUACAUAAACAGUAGUGGGGCUAAAAAUAUUGACGAACUGUCGGAAUUGGUACAGAAUGCCUAUACGAAAUUUGCUACAAUUGUACACAACGAUCAGAGAUUUCAAAUAGCCACCAAUGAGGAUCGUGAAAGUACCAUUGAUUUUUUUGAAAAAGUUGUAAUGACUCAAAAUCAUAAGUUCUUGUUUAGUCCCUAUUUUACUUCAGAUGAGGAGAAUGAUGUUAAAAUACAAAAACGUAUACGACAGCUUAGUUGGAUUACGGCCAAACAUUUGGCCUGUAGCAUAGAUGAAGUUAAUGCUGAGUCACGGGAACUAGUGUACAAUGCCAUAACAGAACUGGUUGGCAUUGAUUCAUUUUACUCACCCCAGGAAAAACUGGAAUGUACUGUACGCUGUUGUCGUCAUAUUUUUGAAUUGCUAAAACAUUCCUUUGGUGGCCCGGCCAGUGCUGAUGAAUUUUUGCCCGCUCUUAUAUUUGUGGUGCUUAAAGCAAAUCCUGUGCGUUUGCAUAGUAACAUUAAUUUCGUAACACGUUUCACCAAUGCUUCGCGUUUGAUGAGUGGAGAGGGUGGUUAUUAUUUCACAAAUUUGUGUUGUGCCAUUUCUUUUAUUGAAAAUCUCACUGCUCAAAGUCUUAGCAUGGAUGAGAAAGAAUUUGAUUUGUUAAUGUCGGGCUCAAAACACUAUAGCACACCCUGGGAAAGUGCUUUAAUGGCUUGCGAAAGUUUACAUUUGAUUUCGGAAAAUAUGAAACGCAUGGAAAUGCUUAAGACUCGCAAUCAGAAUAUUAAUAGUGGCAUACAGCAAUUUGCAUUGGACUUAAAAGAAUUUCAGAUGGAAAUAUGUUCAAAAGUUGAUGCCGUUUUAGCCAAGGCUCCUCUAACUAUUCUACCCAUUAAAACUCCUGAAUUCCUAAUUCCACAAGCACGAGCUCAUCUGGCAAAUGAAAGCGACAAUGUUAGCAGCGACAACGACGACAAUGAAAACGACCCUGAUAAAGAAAAAACUCUGGAGAAUGUGGCCAAAGUAUUGGGAGGUCACUACAAACACAAUCUAAUGGCAGCCAUAGAUGCUACUGGCUACAAUUCUACUCCCAUUACAGCAAAAGUUACACAAACUAAAGUUCUACCCUUACCCUUAAAACCACAAAAAUUAGGAGCAUCGCCAAAGAAAAUAACAUCGGCCGAUGAUAGUGUUUUAGACACAAGUACAUCCAAUAUCAAUAAUCUAGCCAUAAGAGAUGGCAUUAACAAUAGCUCUUUGGGGCGUCUAUCGCCAUUACCCUCAUCCCAACAAUGCGGAGACAUGUUAUUUGCAUCGCCUAUAUUUAACUACACAUUCGAUACCAAUUCUUUAAUCGAUGAACCAUCCGAUUCAACAGAUGAUUUAAUGUUAACCGCUGAAUUUCGGGGUGGUCUUACAAAUAUCAAUUAUGACUUUGAUUUAUCUGACAAUAGCAAUGAGAAUAGUGUGGCCGAAGAUGUUAAAAUCAAUUUAGCAGAAUUUGAUCCACUGUUAAAGGCACCAACACCACCCAAUGAAAGCCAACCACAACCUUCCACGUCUAGUCAAAUACAAACAAAUUAUUUGCCCAUCUUGGAGGAUACUACUAAAAGUUUACUCGAUAGUGAUUCACCAGCUAAUGAACCAAUGCUGCCGUCACCUAUUAAACCCAUGAUUAGCGAUUAUCGGGGGUUUUCUACAUUUGAAAUACCCUCGAUUUCCUGUAACACUGGUGAUUUUAGUUCUCUGACUCAUUCGAUUAACAGUGAUUUAAUGCCAGAGAAUCAGGAGCAUGAUAAAUUAAAUGAAAAUAAAAAGUAGAUUGUUUGCCAGCAAUUACGAAAUUGCAAAGUAGUUUUACAGUUUUCUGUAAAAUUUCAAUGGCAGAAGAAAAAAAAGUCUUAUUUAGUGUUAUUGUCUUUUUUAGUAACGUAUUAAUUUUGUAAUUUUUUGCGUAAAUUUGUAUUUUGUGUUUUGUUCAAGUGGUGAAAAUAUAAAAUGUGUGACAAACAUCUUAAA